UCACUCCUAAAAGGAGGCAGCUGGAACAAAGUUCCGCUCUCCCAGAUAAGCGAAUCUCUGGUGGGGCUCCGGAAUCCUAGGUUCGUACUGCUCUCGAACAGAGUUCUGCCUCACAAGUACUACCAGACUCCCAGUCCUGUGCACCAAUGAGGUCCGACUCUUCGGAUUCUUAACUGAGAGGAAAUUUGGAAGUCAAUGACUGUUUCCGGGAGGAGCUGAGAAGAGGACGCUCACUUCCGGGGGAGGGAGGCUUUCUGACCGGGAUGGAGGAGGUGGAGGAGCGGCUCUUGGAGGAGAAGAGACUGCAUCCCGCCCCCGAGCCGCGCCUGUGUCCGAACUCAGGAUGGAGUCUUUCUGGAGAAGGCUGUGCUCGGGGCCUCAAAGACUUCCCGCCCUGGCCGACCCGAGCCAUGCACGCUCUAAAGAGCCUCCCCCGGGGCUUGGCCCUCGGCCCCUCACUCGCCGAGGAACAGCGCUGGGGGGUCUGGUGUGUCGGGGAGCCCCUGCAGCCCGGACUGCUCUGGGGGCCCCUGGAAGAAGAGUCCGUCUCCCAGGAGAAGGGCGAGGGAGUGAAACCACCGCAAGAGGAGGACCUGUCACUAGGCUUAUGGGGAGAUGUGUUUGCCUGUGAGCAGAGUUCAGACUGGACCGGUUUGGUGCAACGGGGCAGGCUGGAGAGUGAGGGAAACGUGGCCCUGGUGCGGAUCAGUGAGAGACUCCACCUGCAGGUAUAUCAGGUUGUGCUGCCAGGCUUUGAGCUGCUACUGUGGCCCCGACCUCCUUCUGAGGGCCUCUGUCCCACCCAGACCGGUCCAGAGGAAAAGGCAGCUGCAGCGAUGGUGACAGAAGCAGACUCUGCUAUACAACAGGAAGUGGCCUCCCCUGGGGAAGAUACAACAGAACCUUGUACGGAUCCUGGUCACCAGUCACCCCCCAGCAUUCAGGCAGAGAGUAUGGUAAGCCCUGGACUUAAGACCCAAAUCCAGGACCAGCUUUCCAAGCGUGGCCAACCACUUGGCCCAUUGCUUCAGGAUGGCAGCAUGGAUGAGGAGUACCCACUCCAGGCACAGAGGCCUCCUCAGAGCAGCUCAGCUACCCAGCAGGGCCCAGAGAGCAGUGAAACCUGUUUCACAUCUGCCAGGGACACCCAGCCUUGUGCCUACCUGGCCAAGAAGUUACAUAACCUUAGUGAUCAAUGCCCACCUAGAGCAAAGACCUCAGAACCUGGGGCCCAACACUCUGGCUUCCCUGUAGUCUUGCGGAGCCCUCCUGGCCCAGCAGGAAGCUCCCCAAAGCAGGGACGACGGUACCGGUGUGGGGAGUGUGGCAAGGCAUUCCUGCAGCUGUGCCACCUAAAGAAGCAUGCAUAUGUGCACACAGGCCACAAGCCCUUUCUUUGCACUGAGUGUGGCAAGAGCUAUAGCUCAGAGGAGAGCUUCAAAGCCCACACACUGGGCCACCGUGGGGUGCGGCCCUUCCCCUGCCCACAAUGCGACAAGGCCUACGGCACCCGGCGAGACCUCAAAGAGCACCAGGUAGUACAUUCAGGUGCCCGGCCCUUUGCUUGUGACCAGUGUGGCAAGGCCUUCGCCCGCCGGCCCUCCUUGCGGCUGCAUCGCAAGACCCACCAGGUGUCAGCUGCCCCUGCCCCAUGCCUGUGCCCCGUGUGUGGGCGGCCCCUGGCCAACCAGGGCUCCCUACGAAACCACAUGCGGCUCCACACUGGGGAAAAGCCUUUCCUGUGCCCACACUGUGGCCGGGCAUUCCGCCAGCGGGGCAACCUGCGCGGGCACUUGCGGCUCCACACUGGGGAGCGCCCUUACUGCUGCCCACACUGUGCUGAUGCCUUCCCCCAGCUGCCUGAGCUGCGGCGCCACCUCAUCUCCCACACCGGAGAGGCCCACUUGUGCCCCGUGUGUGGGAAGGCCUUGCGAGACCCACAUACACUCCGUGCUCAUGAGCGCCUGCACUCAGGGGAAAGGCCCUUCCCGUGCCCUCAGUGUGACCGUGCGUACACACUGGCUACCAAGCUGCGGCGCCACCUCAAAUCCCACCUGGCAGACAAGCCUUACCGCUGCCUCACCUGUGGCAUGGGCUAUACCCUCCCUCAAAGCCUCAAGCGGCACCAACUCAGUCACCAGCCUGCGGCGCCCUCUGGCCCACCCUCUGUGCCUCCUGAUGCUUCUGAACCAAGCAUGGUGCUACUGCAGACUGAGCCAGCACUGCUAGACACGUGCAGUGAACAAGAAGCCUCCCCAGCCGGGGAUGUCAUUGAGGUCACCAUUUCAGAGAGCCAGGAGAAGUGCUUGGUGGUGCCAGAGGAGCCGGGCCGUACUCCCAGCCUGGUGCUGAUUCAUAAGGACAUGGGUUUUAGUGCCUGGGCAGAAGUGGUGGAGGUGGAGACGGGCUCCUGACACCGUCCCCUUUCCCUGGCAGAGCUCUCUAUAAAGACUUGUGUUUUCUA